AUGGCCACAUCCUCAGCAUCACCUCAAGGCUCCCUGAUCGCCGUCGCCACCGUCCCCUUCACCAAGCACUUUCCUACGGUAACACUUUACGAAGAGACGGCAACUACAAGCCAACCCGCCCCUGAUCGUAGAUUAUGGUUCAACCAAGAGGGGAAAAAUGCUGAAUCCUUGAAGGGUGCCUCCCCGUCAAAUUGGAAGACGAUUGCACCAACUUCCGCUCUUAUGAUCAAUCAGCCGGUACAGACAGUGGCAGGCGUCACACCGACAACCAAUGCGGCCAAUUUCUGGUGGGACGCCAGUGGAGGCAAGCUGGGAUAUUGGGAGCAAGAAAUCCACGACGGAGCCACAACUACUGUUCAAUCAUCUACUGAAGUGACAGUCCAAGCACAGACUACAAAUCAAUCAACGGCACAGGAAACUAAUACAAGCGCCGCGCCCACGCAAAACGACAAGCCACCAGGUGCUGAAAGCAACACGACCAUAGCACCGACAUCAGAUACUACGGCUACCUCGUCCUCUUCGACCACCACUGCUGCCGCCGCCGCCGCAAAUAUUUCUGGAUCAAAAGACAUUCAGCCUGGAGCUGCGGCAGGAAUUGGUGUUGGAUGUUUUCUGGCAGGACUUUUAAUUGCCGGCUUGCUAGCCUGGUUCUUCAUGAAGCGCAGAAGGUCUACGAGUAGUGUCCGUGAUUCAGAGGCGAGUGCGGUAGCCCUGAUGCAUCGCGAGAAGGGCCCCGUGGCCAAAACUGUGUCCGUUUCGAGCGGCAGUCCGAUUGCUUCAGCGCUCGAAAACGGCCUCCCACAACCAUUGGAGGAUAAGGCUGUCUCCGGCGAAAUCUCGAAAAUUAGUAACUUGAUCAAGAACCACGUCCAAAGUUACUAUCACAGUCGAGCUGUGAGCCCUGGAAUGAUCGAUUACGACGACCUUCAAGCUCUCGGCGAGAAUCUUCCAGUAUCCGUAGGUACCCUGAGUACACUCCUCAACAACCCCACAACUCGAGAGAUAGCACUCAGGUUCUGUCUCGCUUGGGUUGUGACAUCGCGGAUCCGGCUGAAUGAUUCUUCCAACAAAACAUUCCUACCCCCCGAGGUUGCAAAAUGCAUGCAGUCUAUGAAUCACACAGAGCGCGGAUCGCGAGGUAAGUUACGAUAUCUCGAUUCGCUAUAG